AAUGUGAGUACAUCACAUUAUGGUCGGAAGUGUGAGUUCAGGCGGAGCCGGUCCGCUCCACGUCCUUGUCACUGGUCCUCGUGAGUCAUAAAUCAUUGCGACCAACGCGAACUGACAAGUGAAACAGGACGACGAGUAAACAGGAAGCAAAGUAAUAUUAACGGGGGGCGGCAGGUACUGACCACUGCAGCGCGCGGGUGGACAUAAUGUUGACUCAGAAAUACGGGCUCCAACAACUGUUGACUGAUCGAAGGGACGUUAGUGAGGAAGAGGAGGGUGAGGAGGAGGAGGAGGAGGACCAGCGGAGCGACACCAGUGAACAUGGCGGCUCCGCUCCAGAACGCCGUCGCCGCCGCUGCUGCUCCAGCUGACCGAGCGUCGCGCACCGCAGUCGGACUGAAGCUUCAGCACGGAGCUGCUGUGGAGGUUUCCCAUCAUGCUCUGCUGUCCAGGUGCUGAUCUCCUAUAAACAUGAGUAGCGGGCUGGACGACCUGGAGCCCCCCGGGGGGGCAGAGUCUGGGAAGAGGAAGGAAUGUUCUUCGGAGCUUCACGGGCCGAGCCCCAAGCGCAGCAGCGAGCGCAGGAACCGCGAGCAGGAGAACAAGUACAUCGAGGAGCUGGCGGAGCUGAUCUUCGCCAGCAUCACCCACAUGGACGACCUGAACGUCAAGCCUGACAAGUGCGCCAUCUUGAAGGAGACGGUGAAGCAGAUCCGGCAGAUCAAAGAGCAAGAAAAGGCUCCGGAGGCCGACACGGAGACGGUGCAGCAGGCCGACGUCUCGUCUACGGGACACAGCGUCAUCGAUAAAGACAGUCUGGGACCGAUGAUGCUGGAGGCUCUGGAUGGCUUCUUCUUUGUGGUCAACAUGGAGGGCAACAUCGUGUUCGUGUCCGAGAACGUCAGCCAGUAUCUGCGCUACCAGCAGGAGGAGCUGAUGAACACCAGCGUCUACAGCGUGCUGCACGUCGGCGACCACGCAGAGUUCAUCAAGAACCUCUUGCCCAAGAGCCUCGUCAACCACAGAGGCGAGGCGUCCAGCAGGAACAGCCAAACCUUCAACUGUCGCAUGUUGGUGAACCCUCACGGCGACGGUGACGCGCGUCCACCGGCCGACCAGCCGGAUCCAUCUCAGCUGAAGUACGAGACCAUGCAGUGCUUCGCGGUGUCCGAACCCAAGUCCAUCAGAGACGAAGGGGAAGAUCUGCAGUCGUGUCUCAUCUGUGUGGCCAGAAGAGUCCCUGUCAAAGAGCGGCCAGCGGUGGCUUCAUACGAGAGCUUCACCACGCGGCAGGACCUCCAAGGGAAGAUCACCUCCCUGGACACCAGCCACCUGCGUGCGUCCAUGAAUCCGGGCUGGGAGGACCUGGUCCGGCGCUGCAUCCAAAGGUUCCACCUGAUGAAUGACGACGAGACGUCCUUCGCGAAGAAGCACCAGCAGGACGUCAUGAGGAACGGCAUCGCCUUCUCCCCCCUGUACCGCUUCUCCCUGUCAGACGGAACCUUGGUCUCGGCUCAGACCAAGAGCAAGCUGGUCCGGUCCUCGGCCACCAACGAGCCGCAGCUCUACAUGUCGCUGCACAUUCUACAGAGGGAGCCAGUUGGCUCUGCCUCAGACGUCUCCGGUGGAAGCCACGGGGCAGCUCCUGCCGGUACUUCACCAGAAACCAGCGUCUCCAGCAACACCCCGCCCACAGCCACCAGCACGGCCAGCCACAGUUUUGGGUGUCGCAGCUCCGCCUCUGCCCGGGCGCCCACCCCUCAGGGAAGCAUUCACAAGCUGGGCAGCCCGGCAGGUCAAGGGAGUCCCAGUGUCACCUCAGCGGCCAUGUUGUCUCCCCGUCCUGUCCGCAGUCCCAGCAGCCCUCAGCGGCCCCCGAACCUCCCCGGGGAGUUCUCGCCUCUCUCCGGCCUGUACUCGCCUUGCAGCAGCACAGGGAACCGCUUCAGCGACUCCCUGCAGGCGCUGCAGGCCCUCAGCCACAGCGUCACUCAGGGACCCCUGGAGAGCUCCAACCCUGAGGCCUGUGGUCUUCAGAGCAGCAGCGGCCAGCAUGCCAAAGACGACCUCAGCUCCAAGGCAGACUUGACGGACGGUGAGCGCAAGGACGCUGACAGAACUCUGGAGGAGCUGCACGACUCCAACUGUCUUCUGAGCGCCAAAGGCCAUACCAAGCUGCUGCAGCUCCUCACCAACAAGUCAGAACCUGAGCCGUCCUCGCCGCCCGCGCCCGGUGAAGACCGCGGCGCCAAGGAUUUGGAGGACGGAGGCGCCGGCGCACCGGCCGGACCCGUCAGUUCCUCCUCACUGAAGGAGAAGCACAAGAUCCUUCACCGGCUGCUGCAGAACUGCCCAUCCCCGGUGGAUCUGGCCAAACUGACGGCCGAGGCCACCGGGAAGGACCCGGCUGGGCCCGACUCGGCAGCUGAGGACAACAUGGCCUCGCUGACUGAACUAGAGCUGAAACAGGAGCCGGUGAGCCCCAAGAGGAAGGACAAUGCCUUGCUGCGCUCUCUGCUGGACCGGGAUGACAACGGGAUCCUGGACAAGGUCAUCAAGACGGAACCGACGGACGGGCCGAAGCUGUCCACCGUCAAGACCGAGAAACAGGAAGUUGUUUUCAACAUGGCUGAGCAGACCAGCGACCUGGACGACCUCCUCCACGACCUUCAGAGCGGCGGUCAGCAGCCGGCGUUUCCCCGCGGUGCUACAGCCUCGUCAUCAGACAAACAAGUGGUCAGUGACUUCAUGCAGAUGAUGGACGGCAGCCACAGUCGCUCCCCCAGCCAGCAGAGGGCGUUUCCUCCUGCGGGGCCACAUGGGUUCUGCCAGCCGCCGGACGCCGGCAUGGCUCCCUCUCGUCAGUUCCACAGGAACAACAGCUACUCAGGGACGCAGCCGCAGGGCAUGAUGGGAACUCUGAACCAGAUGAGCAAGCAAGGCAUGCUGGCGAACACGCCCUCUCGAGGGUCCAUGCAGCCGGUCUGGGGUCCACAGGUUCCUCCCGGGACACCAUCAAUUAUGGGGUCAGGUCGUGUGGUCCACAACAUGAACCCUGGUAUGAACCCACGAGGCGGCGCGGGACCCGGCGUCCACAUGCCGAUGAUGGUCAAUGAGAUGGAGAUGACAAGCCACAGCUACUCCCAGCACCACGGGCCGCCCAAUCAGACGGCUCCAUGGCCCGAUAGGAUGAUGAUGGAUCCCUAUGGUGACCAGAGCAGGUUCGGGGUCCAUCAGGAGGAUGGGAUGAACUGCUGCGCUGAGGUCCAGCCUGAUGAGGGGAUGUUGCUGAACCAGCUCUGCUCCGUGCUGAAGGACUAUGAGGGCUUGGAGGAGAUCGACAAGAUGUUGGGGAUCCCUACACUGGCGGGACAGGGCCCACUGAUGGAGCAGGAGCAGUUCCAGGGUUCCUCGCAGAUGAAGUCCCCCAUGUACGGCCAGCAUCACGGCAUCCAGCCGGGGUACGGGGGUCUUCCUGCUGAGGGGGGUUACUAUGGCUCCUCCAUGGGACAGCAGAGGAUGUCGGGCUACUCACAGAUGAUGAGGGCGGCAGGCGCCUCGGGCCUCCGACCUGCCGGGAUCAGACCAGGAGUCACGACCCAACCUAACACCCUGAGACUGCAGCUGCAGCACCGCCUGCAGAGCCAGCUGAACCGGCAGCCGAUGAUGAGUGACAACAUGAACCUACCGCUCCGGACCAACGCCCCAAACCAGAGUUCACUCAACGCGCAGAUGUUGGCCCAGCGCCAGCGUGAGUACCUCAGCAACCACCUUCGCCAGCGGCAGCAGCAGCAGCAGCGCGCCAUGAUGAUGCGGGCGCAGGGCCUCAGCGGGGCCAGAGGGGGCGCCGCACCCAUCCCAACACCCGUUGGAGUCACCAAUCCGCGUCUGCCGCAGGACAACCAGUUCCCCUACCAGAGCUCCAGCUACGGUACCGGCCUGCCCUCGCCCCCUCCGCCUCACCCCACCUCCUCCAGCCCCUUCACCUCCCCCUCCUCCCCUGGCCAUCAGCUGGCUCCCCAGGGCAUGAUGGGAAAUGUAGAGUAUGGCCCACCCUCACAGCAUGCAGGCUUCCUGUACACAGGACCGUCAAGUCUGAACCAGCAGGAUGCAGUUGCAGGUUUCACCUGUGGGGGCAGCACCCCUCACAGCCCUCUGAUGUCCCCCCGGAUGGGCCAGAACCAGCACCAGAACCAUCCUCCGCCCAGCUACCCGGCCCGGCCCGACAUGAACGGCUGGUCGCCACACACCAACAUGUCCGCUAGCAUGUACCAGCAGCCUCAGUUCUCCACGCGCUCCGGCGCAGGAAUGUACCCUCACAGCGGUAGCAUGAACAUGGGCGUCGGAGGUGGUAUGGCCCAGAUGUCGGGGCAGAUGAACCCAGAGCAGGUGAACGACGGGAGUCUGAUGAUGGAGCAGCUGAGCUCCAUCGACAUGCUGACGCAGGAGACCGACGGCAAUUUCUGCUGACAUCGGUGUUGAUGAAGAGGAACCAUGAAAACGCCUGACAUCAUCAGCCCAGCAUGGAGCCGUCGUGUGAGCCAAGACGGACGUCCUCGCUCUGACUCAACUGCUCUUGCCUGACUUCACCAUGGUGGGACUUGAACCCAAAACCAGUUUGUUUCUUCAGGAGAAACUCUGUCGACUCCCCUGCUGGUGUAGAGGUUAGCAAAAACACCUAGCUGGAUACCAGCGUUGUGCAAAUGACUACAGUCAAGAAUCUUACUCCCUGGAUCUCAACUUUCCCCGACGGUAAACAAAUAUGGUCACGUGACUUCGGACGUGAGCUGAUGCUGGCAGGUUGUUGGGUGUGUCCACUCAAACAGUGACACAAAUGUACAUUUCCUGGUCAGAAGACGUUAAAAAACUCAAAUGUUUUAACAGGAAAAUAAAGUGGGCGGAUCCUAAACCGUGCACUGUUGUAGCUGAGCGACAAUCAGAGUUCUGAACUCUCUCUGUCAGGGCGUCGUUUCAUGUGUCGAGUCAGAGUUCCGUCUCCAGAUCGCAGGUACUAUUUAAAAAAUAUAAACUGUAGCAACAGGAAGUCGCUCUUCAUCAGUCGACAAAUUCAGUCUUGUUUGAAACCUCCAUGCUUCUACUGACUAACAACAUAUGUUGCUGCGUUUCACUGUGUUAUGCUAAUUUGCAAAUGUAUUAGCAUUUAGCUUGUAGCAUCACUUCAUGGCCAGUUAAGUUCCUGCAACUUGUUUCUGUAGCUUUGUUGUGGAGCGCGAGAGCGUGGAGCCAGCAGGUGUAUUUUGGUACUCACGUAUCCAUAGCGUCGAUAAUCAUCCUAAAAUCGCUGACAUGAAUGUGAUCUAAACCCUGAUUUCCUCCCGAUCAAUCUGUCGUGUAUUUAUUUUAGUUUUUAAUAUAUGAUGUCAAGAGAUAAAAAUGUAAAUGAUGAUUCCUAUUUUGGUCCACAAGACGAUCUGAGCGACACGUUUGAGCCUGAUGUCACUUUGUGCUUGUUAAUUUAUGAUCCUGCUGUAAAUAAAAGGUUUUUAU